CUUCUUAAUGUACUUCUAUUAUUUCUAUAUGAGUCUACAGGACAUGACUUACAUAUGAAAAGAGAUAUGAUAUUCGAUGAAAUAAAAGAUGUAAAAGAAUCUAUUCAACAACGUAUAGAAUUAUUAAGACAUUGUAGACGCCGUAUCCAAUCAAUAUUUGAUGAGAACAUCCAAUCAAGUCGUGUAAACCCACAUUCAUUGGAUCAAUAUAUACACUGUAUAAGCAAACGUUUAGGGAUUAAAUAUCGUGUUGAAAUUAUGCCAGACUUUGUAAAUGUCAUGAUUUCUAUGGAAAAAACGUAUGAUAUAAAUCAUCCGAAAUCCCUUCAAAUAAAAGAAUGUUAUAACAAUGAAAGAAUAAUUUAUGAAAAUGUGAGAACUGAAUACAACCAAGAAAUAUGUGGUGAACUUAAACAACUCAAUCAACGAGAUACUGAUGAACUAUUGAGCUGGUUGACUAUUCUAAAUCUACACAUCAGUUAUUUAAAUUUUGAUUUAUUUAUAUAUCGGUUCCGAUCAGAACUUGCUAGUGUCGUAACCGAUUAGAAUGAAAUAUAUUGAAGUUAUGAUGAUGAUGAGGAUGAUGGUGAUAAUGAUGAACGAGUAUUGUUUAUAUAAUUAUGAUUAACUUGUAAUGAAUGAUUUCUAAUGUAUUAACAAAUAACCAAUUGUAAUUUGUUCUGGUUUCUUAUGUAACCAAUCAAUUCAAUCAAUAAUGAUUAUUCUGUUCUUUU